GUUUGUAUCAGACUGGGACUUAAAUAUUCCAUUAAAAACAUUUUGGAUUGGAUUUGGAGUUUAUAAAGUCCAAUUCUAUUAUUUAUAGUUUUAUACCCGAGUGAAAAACCUAAAUCAGUUUCUCAAGUCUCCAACAAUUUACCCAAAUUCCAAAAUCAAUAGAGUGCUCUGAUUGAAAUGAGAACCCGGAGAAGUAGAAUGCUGGCCGGAGACUCGCCGGAAGGACAAUUCUUACCGCCAGAGUUGCAGUGGGAGGUAAUGGUCAGGCUGCCGGUAAAAACCCUAUUAAGAUUCAGGUGCAUUUGUAAAUGUUGGCGUUCAAUUAUUGAUUCUCCCGAUUUCAUUUUUUCGCACUCUAACCUAUUGAGCAAUGAUAUCAACAAAACCCUUAUGUUGGUCUUGGAAAAUUCCAAAAAAUUCCAAUAUUCCCAAGAUCACAAACAAUCAUUGAUUAUUCGCGAUAGACACACAUUUAGGUUUUGUUAUCAAUUUGUGGAGUCCGAACAAUGGGGAUUUCUAGGCAGCUGUAAUGGGUUAGUAUUGAUCCAAGAUAUCAAAUUCCCAUCACUGUUGGGUUUGUUUAACCCUUGUAUUAGAAAAGCGUUGAUACUUCCCCCUUGCCCAAUAUAUUUCGACAAAAAACGCUACUAUCGAACACACCCCAUAUUCGUAUUGGGGUUUGUCUCUUCCUGUAAUGACUUUAAAGUGGUUGCUUUUAUGGAUGAGGAAAGUGGUAUAACUGGUAAAGAAACUUCUAUAAUAAUUGCGGUUUAUUCACUAAAUGAUGAUCUUUGGAGGAUAAAACUAGUUGAGUUGAACUUUCCUAUUACCGUUGUGACAUCCAAAAGUUGGUGGGAUCAUUUCUGUCAAGGGGCAGGACAUUGGAUUGUAAACACCCAUGUUUUUUCUUUUGAUUUUGGAGUGGAGGAAUUUAGCUCCGUAGAGUUUCCGAAUACUGGAAGUGAAAAGUUCAAGUAUGAUUUUGUUCUUGGCGAAUCGUUAGCUGUAUUUGGUAUUUCUCCAAUAAGUAUUUGCAUAUGGAUUAUGAGAAAGGAUGGUGGAAAUGACCCAUGGAGUCUAUGGUUUUCAGGAGAUUCAUCAUUUUCUGGUUAUUACUGUUUUAAGUAUCUAAGUGUUAAGAAUUUUUCAUAUGAUGUCAAAUCUGGUACAACUUAUGUCCUAACCGCUAAUGAUGGACUGAUAUCCUAUAAUAUUAAAAGCCAUCAUAUACAACGUUUUGGAAGAAUUGUUCGUCAUUGUAAUCUCUACCACCGUCGUAUAACCAAUGUGUACACUUAUGUGGAGAGCUUGGUGUUGUCUGGAGGAUCCUAUGGCGAAUCUUUAAUAUCUUUCCCAUGAAAAGGAAGUACGAAGCUGGUAGCCGAUGGAGGUCGUGCGUAUUUAGGUAAAUCUAUGCCUACCCGACAUGGUGGUUGAAUUUCCAUUUUCUUGUAGUAUGUAUUGUGUAACAAAAUGCUUUCAGCUAGCUUUUAAAUAUUUAUAUUAGACUGAUGUACCAUUAGCAAAAACUAUGCAAAUCUUAUUUGAACUUUGUAUGAAAUUUGAGAUGCUAUUUUGGGA